GCUGGCUUAACUUCACGGGAUCAGCUUGUGAUGCACGUUCGUAGACAACUCGUUGGCCACUGGUUCCCGCAUUGCCUUCAGUGGGAUACGCACACUCGUCUGUUGUUGUAGUGGGAUAUACGGUUCUAUAAGUGUGUUCGUGAUCUUAAAGAACAAGUGUGUUGUGUGUUAACUUCUGUGUGUAUGUUCAUUGGAAGAGAAGUAGCCAGGAAUACUUACAUUGAACGUUCUGGCUUGAACGUGUAGACUUGAUUUCAAUAAGGACUCUUAGGUAAAUAAAAGUAUGAUUCAACAGAUACUUGUUUUACUGGCUUUCUACGUCCAACCACUGACAUCAGAGAGGACGUGCACCGAGGUCACAUGUCAUUUGAACCAGACACUGGUCAGAAAUAGCCUCAACCAAGGGGACAUAACCAAAGCAUGUCACCUUUUAAACCGGACAAUAGUGUGUCAAGAAGAAGUAAUAGAUCAAUGUCAAAGUAACAUGAAAUGGAAGUCACUACAUCUGACAUCAGCUCAAAAUAGUUUACUCAGCAGACGUGAAGAAUUUCAAAACAAUUGUCACAGUGAGAUCAUGUGUGCAGAUAUAGGUCAGUGUAGAAUAUAUAUGGAGAAGAUUGCCGAAGCGAUGGAGCAAGACAGAGUGUUCGAAGCCUGUGGCUACCUGAAGGCCAAUAUCCAGUGUUUAAGGUUGGCGGUGGCGGAUUGUAAUCGUGAAGACUCUUUUGAUCCUGUCAUGCUGGACAACUACACAUUAACUUUGAAAGAUUCCGAAAACAAAUGGCAAAAAGACUGUGACAAUGUGUAUAUCGUCCAAGGAUCCUACGUGACGGGCAGUCAUGUCUACAACAUGUGUACUCGGACAAGUUGGUCGUGGUGUCUUGUCUUCGUGUCUCUUCUAGUGGCCGGCACCUUUCUUGAGUGUUCCCUGACGUUUGACAAGUUCUUCUUAGUGCUGUCUUAAUAUUGUAUUUGUAUACAUCUCAACCUGAAAUGUUUCAUUGAACAUUUUUAUAAAGGUGAAGUAAGUGAAAGAUACAAAACCAGCAGCUACCCGCAACCCUUUGUUGAUGGGUCAAUGUGACCUCUGGUGGUCUGCUAUCCAAAGAUCACUUUGUUGUUUUCUAAUGCUUCAGUAGCACAGUUGAUGACCUUGAAAUUACUACUUCCAUUUGUUUUUCUUGCUCACGGUUAGCAGACUUAUAUAACAAAACAAAUUCAGCUGUAUCACAAGUCACAACUAUUGACUUUCUCAUGCCCUUUGGGUAUCAAGGGAGACAAUAUGUUUACUACAAUCUGAGGAGAAUUAAUGCCUUUUUUUUUUUCCUCAUUAAGAUAUUAAAUUCUCUUGUCGCUGUUUUCUAAUGGAACUGAACUUUGCUGUGAUCUAGACAAUAGGGCAUGUAUCGAGCUCAUUUAUGCUGGAUGUACAUGGAACAAAUGUGAUAUAUUAUUAUUUGAUACUAUAUAGAUUCAAGAAAUGUGUAUCAAUAUUUAAAACAUGGGCGUAGCCGGGAAUUUUUGUUCGAGGGUGCAUUUAUUUUUCCUUUUUUUUCUCUUUGUGCGCGCACGCACACACACUUACGCACACAGAAAAACACACACAUAUAUACAUACACAUACACAUAUAAUAUAUACAAUAUAUAUAUAUAUAUAUAUACUAUAAAGUAGAAAGUAAGACGUAUGUAUGUAUGUUACGAAUAGAAAUCAAAACCGUUUCACCAAUCUUUAUAAAACGUGGCCCUCUAUCCUCAUAGACGAUAACAAGCUAGAUGCCAUAAAUGAAUUCUGCUAUCUGGGAUCCACAAUUACAGAUGACCUGUCUCUAGAAGAGGAGAUACAAAAACGCAUAGGGAAGGCUGCCUCGACCUUCGCUAGACUCGGGUCAAGAGUUUGGGAAAACCAGAACCUCACUUCAGCGACCAAAAUGGAAGUCUACAAGGCAUGCGUUCUGAGUACGCUACUAUAUGGCAGUGAGUCAUGGAUCACCUACACAAAGUAAGGGAGAAAACUAAACUCAUUCCAUUUGCGAUGUCUCCGUAGGACCUUGAAAAUCACAUGGAAAGAAAAGUGUGCAAUACUGAGAUCCUUGCGUGGUAUUCCUAGCAUCUUUACAGUCCUCAGACAACGCCGCCUACGCUGGCUUGGACAUGUUCACCGGAUCCUCCAUCGAUCCCGAAAGUAAUCCUCUAUAGACAACUCGCGACUGGCUCAAGAAAAACUGGUCGCCCUCACCUCCGUUACGUGGAUGUAAUAAAACGGGACCUCAAAUCAGUGGACAUUGAUACAGACCACUGGGAAGACAUAGCCCUAGACGGCACUAGAUGGAGAGAGACAGUGAACAAGAAAGCUAAGGACAGCGAAAAAACAUGGGCCACAGCUCUGAAAGAAUAGCGUACCAUGCGAAAAAUGGCCAGCUCCUCUACCACCAAAGCGAAAGCCACCUUAACCUGCGAUACUUGUGGACGGGAGUGUCUCACCAAAAUAGGGCUCCACGGCCACAUGACAAAGUGUUUGAGAUGAACCAUAGUCGCUCUACGACUGAAGGAGGCCAACUAAUGGAGCCCAGCGACUAUUAUCACAACGAUAAUGACAUUCGGUAAUUGUAUUUUUGCUGUAGGGGCCUGGGGAAGGCUGCUCACAGCCGAGUAACAGAUAACCUUUAAAAGAAAAAAAACUGGCUAUGAUCAUGGAAUAGGGCCAUUGUAACUUGGUUUUAGUUUUUGUUUUAACCUACAAAAAAACAUAAUUCAGUGACUACAGGUUUACUUUAUCUUUUUUUUUAAGGAGGGUUAGGGCGUUUUGACCUAAGAAACCCAUCCAGACUAUGAUUAUGACAUCUGGUCAUCGUAUUUUCUUCUAUAGCUUUUAUUAUUGAAGGGGAGAUUUAACCUGGCUAGUUUUUUUUUUUUUUUUUUUUUAUUGAAAGGUUUUAACCUCACAAGUCCCCUCCCCCCCUUUUUUUUUUUACUACGGAAGUGGAAUUUGGUCACAGUAACUUAUCUAAUACAGACGUUACUUCAAAAAAGAAGAUGAUUACGUCCUACGCGUCAUACGUAGUUGUGGUAUAUUUUUAAUUAGAGGUACUUUUAGGGUCAAAACACCCCUCUGAGGGGAAAAGGGAGUUUAACAGUAGGCUCUACAAAUAAAGCAAAACUAAAGCACCCCUUUACUUUUUUUUUUUUUUUUUGCUUUUGAAGGCUACGAUCAGGACUUAAAUGACUAGUUUUUUUGCUUUUGAAGGCUACGAUCAGGACUUAAAUGACUAGUUUUUUUGCUUUUGAAGGCUACGAUCAGGACUUAAAUGACUAGUUUUUUUGCUUUUGAAGGCUACGAUCAGGACUUUAAUGACUAGUUUUUUUGCUUUUGAAGGCUACGAUCAGGACUUUGAUGACUGUAGUUUUUCUAUAUUUUUUUUAAUUAAUGGAAUUCGGUCACCAUAGUUCUGCUUUAGUUUUUUGGUUUUGUUUUAUUACAGGGGGGUUUCAGCUCAGAACCACGCGUGCCCAGCGUAGGGUUUAACCUCAAAACCCUAAGGGGAAAAAAAAGCAAAACUAAAGCACCCCUCUGGUUUUUAAAUUUUUUUUUUAUUGUGGGGCGUUUUAAAACCUCCAUCGGCUAAGAUUAUGGAAUUUAAUGACUGUCACCAAACACCCAUCCAUGCGGUAUUUUUUUCGGAGGGGGGUUUGAAGCCCGACCCCCCUCCCCGGGCUACGCCCAUUAUUUAAAAGAAUGUUAUCUAAUGGUAAGAAAGAAGGAAAUGAACAUUUCUGUGUUGACUGAAUUGGAUCAAAUGUGCAGUGUGCAAAAUGUCUGUAUAUUUACUUGAAGUCAAAAUGUGUUCACUAUACAUCAUUUGGUAGAUUAGUGUUCUCAUGGUUGGCUCAUGGAACUAUACUAAUUGGCUUGUGAUUCGCGUUGUUUAUUUCGUGCCUAAUGUAUUGAACCUUGUGAUUACGUCACAAACCUUCUUGUUUGCAUAGGUGUGUGUCAUUAAGCAUCUUCUAAAUUAUGUAGGUGUGUUCCAUUAAUUUAAGUAUCUUCUAGUUUAUGUAGGUGUGUGUCAUUAAGUAUCUUCUAGUUUGUGUAGGUAUGUGUCAUUAGCCUAAUUAUCUUCUAGUUUAUGUAGGUAUAAGUCAUUAGCAUAAUCUUCUAGUUUAUGUAGGUGUGUGUCAUUAAGUAUCUUCUAGUUUAUGUAGGGAUAAGUCAUUAGCCUAAGUAUCUUCUAGUUUAUGUAGGUGUGUGUCAUUUAAUAUAUUCUUGUUUUUCAACUUUUUGUGUGUAAAAAAAAUGUUUUUGAUUCUCGUGUUUGCAGUAGCAAAACAAAAAGACUAAGUGAUUCUAUUAGAUCUAGGACUAAGAUAUGAUUCUAUUAGAUCUAGGACUAAGACGUCACUAAGUUGACUAAGAUAUGAUUCUAUUAGAUCUAGGACUAAGAUAUGAUUCUAUUAGACUAGAUCUAGGACUAAGAUAUGAUUCUAUUAGAUCUAGGACUAAGAUAUGAUUCUAUUAGACUAGAUCUAGGACUAAGAUAUGAUUCUAUUAGAUCUAGGACUAAGAUAUGAUUCUAUUAGAUCGAGGACUAAACUAAGAUAUGAUUCUAUUAGAUCGAGGACUAAACUAAGAUAUGAUUCUAUUAGUAGAUCUAGGUCCUAGGACUAAGAUAUGAUUCUAUUAGAUCUAGGACUAAGAUAUGAUUCUAUUAGAUCUAGGACUAAGUCUAAGACGUCUAAGAUAUGAUUCUAUUAGAUCUAAGACUAAGAUAUGAUUCUAUUAGAAUUAGAUCUAGGACUAAGAUAUGAUUCUAUUAGAUCUAGGACUAAGAUAUGAUUCUAUUAGAUCUAGGACUAAGAUAUGAUUCUAUUAGAUCGAGGACUAAGACCUAGCAGAGUGCCUACUGGGGCAAAGAUGUCAGUAUUGUCAGUCACUGUUCUAGUGGUAAUUAGUAUGAAUGACAAUGACAAUGCUACUUAAAUAAGGAGGAAUUGAUAAAUAGUUUUGUUACUUGUAACAGAAAAAACAGCCAUAAAUGAAGUCAAUGUGUUAAAUAACUUGUAGAAUUGUUAGUCAUUGGACGUUACAUCACAUUAACUCAUAUGUUCAGUAAGAGUACAUUAGAUGUAACCUUGUAUGUUCCAUAAGAGAUGAAUCAAAUUUAGCCUUGUAUGUUCCAUAAGAGAUGAAUCAAAUUUUGCCUUGUAUGUUCCAUAAGAGAUGAAUCAAAUUUAGUCUUGUAUGUUCCAUAAGAGAAGAAUCACAUAAUUUUAGAAUUGUAUGUUUCAUAAGAGAUGAAUUAUGUGCAGCCUUGUUUGUUCCAUGUGAGAUGAAUUACAAGUAGCCUUGUGUGUUCCAUAAAAGAUAAUUUACAUGCAGCUAUCCUUGUAUGUUCCAUAAGAGACGACUUAUGUGUAGCCUUGUAUUUACCAUAAAAGAUGAACUAUGUGUAGCCUUGUAUGAUCCAUUAGAGAUGAAUUACAUUUAGCCUUCCAUGUACGUUCCAUAACAAAUAAAUUAUGUGUAGCCUUGUUUGUUCCAUGAGAGAUGAAUUA